AUGCUCGGCACCUUUGCCGGGACCGGUGAGCUGGAACAAAACUUCAGUUUCGCUGAAAUGUUUACUGCUGGGCGCAAAGGCAGUGUGACGGUGGAAAAUCUCAGGAACAUGCUGAAGGUUCGUCUCGACGGGCUUCCGCCUCAUGAAUUUGUCGUGAGCUGUCAAGAAGGUGCACAUUCCUUGUCCAUCGAGAAGCCAAGUGAGGAUUGUGUGAGAACGCAACAACGCUUUAUCCAGCUGUUUGGCGGAGGCAGCAACGGCAGAGCUCACGACUUGCCGAGGCGCCGGAAGAAACAGCGGACAGUCGAUGGCAGCAUUGAUAUUCUUGAGGGUCAGGAGACCGUGGCUUCGCUCAAGAGGAAGCGGUCAAUGCAGUUGGAGUCACUUCAGCCAGAACAGCGCCCAGAUGUGCAGCAGCUCGCUGAGCAAGCAGCAGCUGCUGCCGAGGCCACAAAAGCCAAUCCUUCGUAUCAGAACCUGUCGAAGAGGCUUUCCGCACUCGCGGAGGCCAAGCGUCGCCAGUUCCUCGAGGAUGCUGGGCCGGCUGGUGGUGUCAUUGCUGCCAAGUACGCGGCAGCUUUGUCAAAGGAGCAGAGGCUGCAAGAGUUGUUGCAGAAACUUGCAGAAGAUGGUCACGCGCUGGAGCCAUCCCAACAGCCUGCCAUGGACCCAAUGAACACCAUCAUUGUGUUUCAAUCAGAUGCAGGGGGUCACGACCUGUCAACCCUGGGAGCAGAGACCUGUGUGUGGAAUGGCCAUGAAGACCAGCUCGCGAAGUUGAUGCAGAAACGAAACAUCAUUUGGUUCCUUGGAGAUGCUAAGGCUGAGAUGGCAUUCAUCAUGCCGCAAGGCUCCGAGGUUGAAGGCUUCCUGGUCGGGUCGCGGCUGUUGGGUGGGUACGUUGCAACACAAUGCUGGGCAAAAGCCUGCGCCCAGCAUAACCUGUUUCUGCAACCGCCCCUUCAUCUGGCUGGUGCUUUGCGGUCAAAACGCAACCUCAUGGUCUAUGUUCACAAGUCGGCAGCAGAGCAACACCUGGCGGCGGCCACCUGUGUUGUGCGUGCUGCCCAUGCGGCUGGGUCACACAUCCCCGAUGUGAGGCUCGUUCUGAAGAACAAAUGGAAGGAUGUGAGCGCCAAAGGCGCUCUUGUGUUGACGGCCCCAGGCGAUGUAAGAAAGGCUAAGAAACGCCAGCUGAAAGACAAGCUAAAGGGCUGUGUGCUAGACCCACUUGGUUUUCUCAGUGUGUGUACAGAGUGGGGAUCUUGA